UUGUGAAACCUCCGCGAAACAAGGUGUUAAUUUUUUUUAACCAGGACUUAAAAAAGUCUUAAUAAAUAUUAUUCUCGUUACCAGGCAAUCAUAAAAUGAAGCAGUAACCGAACAAAAUGGACUCGCCCGUUUCAUCGCAAGACGACCGAGACAUCGAGGUGAACGUGGUCUCCGGCGCAAGCAGCCCCGACAUCACCUCCUCACCUUCUAGAAAAGACCAGAAAAGUCCCUUCUAUGAGUUGAAGAAGGACAAAGAAGAGAAGGCGACUGGAUCAGCUCCGUAUACCAGUUUUUCUAUCAGCUCUAUAUUGAAUAGAGCAGAGCCGAGAAGAGAAUCCAAUGUUCUGGAAGCGGCGCUGGCUGCUAAUCACUUUGGAAGUGCAAAUGAUGCUAUGUUGUCCAGAUUGGGUCUGAUAUCACAAUGGAGUGCGCUGGCGGGCCGGUACGGCGGACUAGUGCCGGCGCCGUGGUACUGGCAGCGGCCGCAAGACAGGACCACACCACCCAGAGAAGACUCUAUCAACAAUGAGGAGGGCUCAGCGGGCGGCUCCCCCCGCGCCCGCAGUCCUGCGCGUGCGCCGUCACCUCCCUCCCCCUCACGCUCGUCCUCCCGCUCCCCACGCCUUCACCCCGCACUCUACCCCCCGCCACCAGACGCACAGGACUCCGACCCUGACGUCGACGAGUCCGACGACUUCGACAAAGACGAAAAAAGAGACCCGAACGCCAACUUGGGCAAAAGAAAGAAGAAGACCAGAACCGUCUUCUCCCGGUCCCAAGUAUUUCAACUGGAACAGACGUUCGAUAUGAAGCGGUACCUGAGCAGUUCCGAGCGGGCGGGCCUGGCUGCGUCACUACAUCUGACGGAGACACAGGUGAAGAUCUGGUUCCAGAACCGACGGAAUAAGUGGAAGCGGCAGCUGGCCGCGGAGUUGGAGGCAGCGAACAUGGCUCACGCGGCGCAGCGGUUGGUGCGGGUGCCGAUCCUGUACCACGAGUCCCGGCCGACGUCGAUGCCGCACACUCCGAUGCCGCUGCACCCGCAGUUCUCGGAAGGCGUGUACUUCCCCAGCCAGCCGCAGCAGCCGCUGCAGCCCCUGCCCCCCUCCCCGGUGACCUCUCGCGCCCCGCUCUCUAGCCUCGUGUAGUGUCCGCUGGAGCCCGCGCGCUCGGACGACGGACAAUACUAAAGCAGUGCAGGAUCAGUGCAUUACCAGUGCAGGACCACUGCAGGACCAGUACAGGACCAGUGCAGGACUAGUGCGGGUCCAGUGUGAGGUUAGUGCGGUGCAGUGCGGGGCUAGUCAUAUUGAGUGUUGAUUGCCAAAUCGUUCAAAUGUAACUUAUAUAUUAACUUUUAAGUCGGUUUAGGAGUGUUUGGGCGUGUUCCGGAGGGUUUGAAGAAUAGGUAGACUUGUAUGGACUUUAAAAAGGGUACUGUACGUUUGGUGAUGUUGUUGCUCAGAAAUUGGUUGAAGCUGCAUAAGCAUUUAUAGUAGACUCACGAAUUCCUAGCCAAUAUAUUGUUGAGUUCAAAUUCACGACGGGUUGUGUUGAAAGAGAUUCUCCAACACCAGAAAAAUAUCUAAUCGGAACACGCGCCAAACAUUUUAUUUACAUAUUAGAUAAAUAGCAACGAUAUCUAUGUACUAAACAAUUACUGUCACACAUAGAAAAUAUUUUUUUUUAUAAACUAUAGAAUAUUCGACGGACAAACUCAUUUGUGCAAGUUAUAAUUUUGACGUUUAAAAAUGUCAUUUUUGACAGCUAUGUGAAUUAUUAAGCGUCCCUUUAUGUCUAGUACAUAAAUAUGGUUGAUAAAUAUAAAUAGUAUAAAAAUUUGACUACAUGUUACGUACAAAGAUCAAUGUCAUUUCGUAUUGUAUAUUAAUGUAAAUAAGAAUGUUUUAAAACCUCCGUGUAUUUAUUUAUUCAGCUAUAAGUUUUGUAAAUAAUAGCUAUUGAAAGAACUGAGUAUUCGUUUGUAAUUGUAAGAUGUUUUUUCUUUGUCUAUCUAGUCGCUGGUUUAAAAUUUCGUUGUCUGUUUGAUCAAACAAUGAUUUAUGGCUGAGCCAUAACCUAUCCGCCAUUUUUUUCUACUCAUAGUAAUUCGACAUUCAGACCUGAAUUGUUGAAAGGUGUCAAAUUGUUGUCUAUGAUAGAAAAAGUUGUCAAACGGAUAGGUUAUUGAAAUCAGUCGUUAGGGUACUUGUAAACUUUUCCAAAAUUACUUUUUAAAUUGUAUUUUCAUUAGGGCCGUAAAUUUGUAAAAUGCUUCGAUAUCGCUAGCUUAUUAAUUAACCUAAAACUGGAUGCAAUUUUAAACAU